AUGGCAUCAGCAAUCUUUUUCCUGGAUCUCAAGGGCAAGACCCUCCUUGCCCGCAACUACAGAGGUGACAUUCCCAUGUCCGCGGUCGAAAAGUUUCCCAUACUCCUCUCCGAUGCCGAAGAAGAAUCAUCCGCCGUACCGCCUUGCUUCUCUCACGAAGGCAUCAACUACCUUUACAUCCGCCACAACAAUCUCUACCUCCUCGCACUUACCAAGCGCAACACCAACGCUGCCGAGAUUCUCCUUUUUCUGCACAAGAUUGUCGAAGUGUUCACCGAGUAUUUCAAGGUGCUCGAGGAGGAGUCCAUCAGGGACAACUUUGUCAUCAUCUACGAACUCCUCGACGAGAUGAUGGACUUUGGCUACCCACAAACCACCGAGUCGAAAAUUCUGCAAGAAUACAUCACCCAAGAAUCGCACAAGCUCGAAGUCCAGGCUCGUCCCCCCAUCGCCGUCACCAACUCGGUAUCGUGGCGUUCAGAGGGCAUACGGUAUCGCAAGAACGAGGUGUUUCUGGACGUCGUUGAGAGCCUGAACCUGCUGGUCAGCGCGGACGGCAAUGUACUGCGGAGCGAGAUCCUGGGCGCAAUUAAGAUGAAGUGCUAUCUUAGCGGUAUGCCGGAGCUGCGGCUGGGGCUCAACGACAAGGUCAUGUUUGAGACGACGGGGCGGACGACGCGAGGCAAGGCCAUCGAGAUGGAGGACGUCAAGUUCCACCAAUGCGUGCGGCUGUCGCGGUUCGAAAACGACCGCACCAUCAGCUUCAUCCCCCCGGACGGCGAGUUCGAGCUCAUGUCGUACAGAUUAAACACCCAGGUCAAGCCGCUGAUUUGGGUGGAAUGCGUCGUCGAGUCGCACUCGGGCUCGCGGAUCGAGUACAUGCUCAAAGCGCGCGCGCAGUUCAAGCGCCGCAGCACGGCCAACAACGUCGAGGUCAUCAUCCCCGUGCCCGACGACGCAGACUCGCCCCGGUUCAGAACCAACAUAGGCUCCGUCCACUACGCUCCCGAGCAGAGCGCCAUUGUCUGGAAGAUCAGGCAGUUUGGCGGCCAAAAGGAGUUUCUAAUGCGUGCCGAGCUGGGUCUCCCCAGCGUACGGGGCGAUGACGAACACGGCGGAGGCAUGACGGGCGGGUUCGGAGGUAGCAUGGGCGGCGUCGGUGGUAUGGGCAAAGGAGCAAAGAGGCCUAUCCAAGUCAAGUUUGAGAUUCCCUACUUUACGACCAGUGGCAUUCAGGUGCGAUAUCUCAAGAUAACGGAACCCAAGCUUCAGUACCCGUCGCUGCCCUGGGUACGGUACAUUACUCAGUCGGGCGACAUCGCGGUUCGACUACCAGAUGUUGUGUGA